GCGAAUGUCCCACUUCGUGUUCUAAAAUAAACACAUUUGUUAAAUAGGCAUGCAGAGUGCAAACGAAGGUGCGAGUAUUUUUAGUUGACAGUGUUUCAAUAUUGAAUAUUGUUAAAAGUAGUUUACCUGCAUUACCAGCAAUAAUAACAAAUUAAUGGAUAAAAUUUCGUCUGAUGGAGCACCAUCAAUCAAAAAGGAAAAAUUGGACGGUGAUAUAAAAGAUUUCGCUGAAAACGCUAUGAACGAGCUAUUGGGAUGGUAUGGUUACGAAAAUUCCGAUGAGCAUAAAAGAGUUGGAAAGAUUUAUAGAUCCAAUUCUGAUUGCAACAGUUCUGAAUCUGAAUUUCCCAAAUUACCAGAUGAAUGCGUAUGGUGUGGCAAAUCGGUUAAAGAAAGUCUUGGCCUAAAGUCGACAAUAGCGAGUUUUUGCUCGGAAAUGUGUUUCUCGCAGUCGAGACGUGCCAACUUUAAAAAAACGAAAACUUGCGAUUGGUGCCGUAAUGUGAAGAACACAAUUUGUUAUGUUGAUUUUCAGGAUGGCGCUCAGCUACAAUUCUGCUCUGAGAAAUGCUUAAACCAAUACAAAAUGCACAUUUUUUGCCGGGAGACCAGCGCCCAUCUCGAACAACAUCCACACCUCUACGAAGACGACGCAACAAGUGGCAUGCUGAUAACUCCCGACCUUUGGAUGAAAAACUGCAAAUCGCCGGUGCCCCGACCUAUAACCUCACCACCUGAACCUCAAACAGCUCCACUGUCGUUAAUCGCAGUGGCUCCCCCUACCAAACUGAUGGGUAGAAGAACCAAACGCGUGAGGGAUAAUAAAGUUAUGAGAACCAGAAAACAGUAUUCGUCUACAGUGACAAACAGUUCGGAUGUUUGUGAGGCACCUCAGGAUUUACGCGUUAGACAUGAUACACCAGCUGAUGUCGAAGCUGAAACGAAAAUUCCUGCCCUGCAAGACUCUGAUGAAACGCUUCCAAAACCAACAGAAACCUCUCUAAGGCAAUCUUUCGAAGGCCUUCUUCCUCCUGCCACAAUUUUGUUGCCGUAUCCCAUUUUCCUUCCCGUCCCCAUUCCCAUUCCGAUUCCUCUUCCGAUUUUGAGGCAGAGCGUAAAAAAUGUCGAUGCAUCUAGUCAAACGGACUUUACUGAGUAUUCUACUAGUCAAAACGAGGUUCCUGAAGUAAAUAAAACUUGUCGAUCUUUAAGGAUUCGAAAGGAAAAAGUUCUUAAGAAGAAGUUAAUUCUACGGAAGUAAUAAUAUUU